UCACACUUCUUCUCUCGUCGACCUGACAGUGAACCCACAGUGGAUAGACGGACGAACGCUCAGAUCACGUGUGGAGUGUGGGCUUUGAUGGAAGGCCUGCAUGCCUGUAAACACCAGGUGGGAAAAGAGAACGGAGAAUAAAACAAAGUGAGGAGGAAAAAACGAAAGACCUAAGAUACAACUACCUGGACUGGAAAGAUAAUGAUGAUGAUGAUGAUGAUGAUGAUGAUGUGGAGGAGCGUGACAGUGUUGAUGAUGAUUGUGGUGAACAACAGGUCAGCAGCUGAAACCAGCUUGACCAUACGAACCGUGCGCCCCUGCGAGCGCCUCACGGAGAUUCCCUCCAACAUCUCCAGCAACACCCGAUGUCUGGAAGUUAAGCAGACGCAGAUCAGAGUGUUUCCCAGCGGCGCCGUUACCAGCCUGCAGCUCCUCAGGAAACUCACCAUAUUGGAGAACGAAAUGCUGGAGAGCAUUGGCGAGUUUGCUUUCGCUAACCUCCCUCGACUCUCUGAUAUCAUCAUCUCUGAAAACAUCGCUCUGGAGAGUAUUGGAGCUUAUGCUUUUUUCAACCUCCCAGAACUCAGUGAGAUAACCAUAACAAAGUCCAAACACCUGACGUCCAUCCACCCAGACGCAUUCAGGGACAUCGUGAAACUACAGUAUCUGACCAUCUCCAACACCGGGCUCCUCUUUUUUCCAGACUUCACCAAGAUCCACUCGGCCGCCCCCGACUUUCUGUUUGACCUGCAGGAGAACAACCACAUAGCCAGAGUCCCCUCCAAUGCCUUCAGAGGCCUCUGCACCCAAACUAUCAUGGAGAUACGGCUCACCAGAAAUGGCAUCAAGGAGGUGGCAAGUGACGCCUUCAACGGCACAAAGAUGCACAGAUUGUCCCUGAGAGGCAACCAGCAGCUUACUCACAUCAAUCCCAACGCCUUUGUGGGUUCCAGUGAGUUGGUGGUACUGGACAUCUGUCACACUAACCUCAGCUCCCUGCCAGACUCCAUCCUCGGAGGACUCCGGACGCUGAUCGCGGAGUCCACCGAGCAACUGAAGGAACUUCCUUCUCUGCAUCUUUUCACCAAACUGCACCAGGCCAGACUGACGUACCCAUCACACUGCUGCGCCUUCCAGAACAUACACAGGAACAGAUCGAGGUGGAACCCGCUGUGCUCACAGCCCAAGGCUCAGGACAACUUUAAUUUCUUCAGAGACCACUGCUUGAACUCCACAUCCAUCACCUGCAGCCCAAUGCCCGACGAGUUCAACCCCUGUGAGGACAUCAUGUCCUACGUCCCUCUGCGGGUCCUCAUCUGGAUCAUUUCUGUCCUGGCACUGCUGGGGAACGGAGUCGUCCUCCUUGUGCUUUUAGGCAGCAUCUCCAAACUGACAGUUCCUCGUUUCCUAAUGUGCCACUUGGCCUUCGCUGACCUCUGCAUGGGCGUCUACCUGGCUGUCAUAGCGACUGUCGACAUGCUCACACGUGGCGAGUAUUACAAUCACGCCAUAGACUGGCAGAUGGGCCUGGGCUGCAGGGCCGCAGGUUUCAUCACGGUGUUCGCCAGUGAGUUGUCAGUGUUCACGUUAACAGCGAUCACCCUGGAGCGCUGGCACACCAUCACAAAUGCUCUGCGGCUGGACCGCAAAAUCCGCCUGAGACACGCAUGCAUCGUCAUGACAGCAGGUUGGAUCUUCUCCUCUCUGGCCGCCUUGCUGCCCACAGUCAGGGUCAGCAGCUACAGCAAGGUGAGUAUCUGUCUUCCCAUGGACGUGGAGUCACCGGAGGCUCAGGUCUACGUCGUGUCCCUCCUCCUCCUCAACAUCCUAGCCUUCUUCUGCGUGUGUGGCUGUUACAUGAGCAUCUACCUGACCGUCCGCAACCCCUCGUCCAUGCCAGCCCACGCCGACACCCGCGUGGCCAAACGCAUGGCCGUGCUCAUCUUCACUGACUUCAUCUGCAUGGCCCCCAUCUCCUUUUUCGCCAUCUCAGCCGCGCUGAAGCGCCCGCUCAUCACGGUCUCAGAGUCCAAGCUCCUGCUGGUCCUCUUCUACCCGAUCAACUCAUGCUCCAACCCCUUCCUGUACGCCUUCUUCAACCGCACCUUCAGGCGGGAUUUCUUUCUCCUAGCGGCUCACUUCGGCCUGUUUAAGACCCGGGCGCAGAUUUACCGGACAGAGAGUUCGUCGUGUCAGUAAUGGCCAUGAACCUCUCCAGAGGUCUCUCCUGGGCCAAUGCUGGAUGCUGACUGUCUUUCAAAAAGCUAAUGCUUUUAAGCUAUGAUAGAGAUACAGAUUAUAAUUCAUGAACAUCUCGUCGUUUAAAAAAGGUCCUCUUGUUCUUUCUGUACAAUCACAUUGCUAAAUCCUGAAAAUGAGACCUCGACUCAUCUUUCGUAUUAUUUGGUGGACAUCAUGUUAUAGUUGUUUAAUGUUUAUGUAUCCGGAGUAUGUUGCCAAUAUCUUUGGCCAGAUAAUCGGUCAUUGACUCUGAACCACAACAAUCAAUGUGAUCAAUGGGUAUGGGGCCAGUAUUGUAGCAAUACACACAGAAGCACAGCGGUGCAGUAGUUCACACUGUUGCCUUACAGCAAGAAUGUUAUUGGCUUGAAUCGUGGUUCGGUUGGGGUCUUUCAGUGUGGAGCAUGUUCUCCCCGGGUAGUCCGGCUUCCUGCCACAAUCCAAAGACAUUCAGAUUGGGAACUAGGUUGAUUGGAGUCUCUAAAUUGACCGUAGAUGUGAGAAUAGUUGUUAUGUCUCUAUAUGUUGGUGAUAUAUGUUGGCCCUGUGAUACACUGGCAACCAGUGUAAAAGCUGUAAAUGUGUAUUGAUCUUUGUACAUAUGUAGACAAAACUGCAAAUGCCUGCAAAUCUGUGUGUAGAACUUUGUCUGUAUCCACUCGCAUUUGCAGAUCUUCCAUGGCUGAAAUGUAAAAUCACGUUUAAUAUGACAGCCAAUUGCAAGCUUGAGUUAUAACUUAUAACUAGUCUGUAUUUUCCAGCUCUAGGGGCAAAACCCAUUUUUGUCCAUUAAUAUCUAUAUACGCAUUUACGGAUUUGUCUACACGUACAAUUCUCAAUACACUUGUAAAUCUCAUUACACAUUAACAGAUUCCUGUAUGCACUCACAAAUCUCAGCACACAUUUGCAGAGGCUUCACAAAGCUGAUUAUGGACACACACACACAGUUACACAACUCUCCACACGCAAACAUAAUAUUGGCUCCAUCAGUGCGUAACCUCUACCCUGAGCACAAUGGCAAUCCGAGCACAGACAAAAACAACGGCAUACUUUGACCAAAAUCUAGGUCAAGUUACUGUCCUAGAUAAUUCCUUGUGUUUGUUUUAACUUCACCGGCGUGCCAGACGGGUGGAGUCUGUUGCAUCAGAAUAAUUUAGAUCACAGGUAAAAAGCAGAAAGACGUAAACUGACUUUGCUCUCGUGCAGGGUCUUAUGUAACCAGUGCCGUCCAUCUGGUGUCCUGAGAUAAUGCAACAAGCGAGAGCACUUAACAAAGGUGUUGACGCUCGGGACGUCAGUGUAGGCUCAUCAAGAAAUCGAUGUUCAUUUAACAUCAAGCAUUAUAAUUGAUUGAUAUUCAUUAGGAGGCGCACCGCAGGGGCCUGUACUGAUUCAUAAUCUCCUCAUACAUUCCAUCUCCUGCAGCCCACACACUUCCCCUUCAACCCUUCAGUUCCUCUAUACAUUUAAAACAGAGACGUGUCAUUGUUGUGAUGUCAUUUUGUUCAUUGUUUGUAAAUGACCUCGCCUUUUUAUAUAUGUAUAUGUGUUUUUUUGCACAUCAUUUUAUAAAGUUUUCUAUUGCACAUUC